AUGAAGAGCCGAGCGAGUGUCCUGGCGUCGGAGACGAACGGUGACCUGGUGGCUAAUGGCGAUGAAGACCGCGUUUCAAUGCCACAAGAGCGACCUCUCGGAGACUCUAAGUCACUGUAUGGCUCUGGAGGUGCUGGACAAGACGCGCAGCCACCAGGUCUACGAUCAACAUUCGUGGAUUGGAUUGGACUGAGCGACACGGAAGAAUGGUUGUACCGCGUUCGUGAAAUUUACCGUGCUGUGUUCAUGGGGGACCUGAGUCUACCGGCCACGAAGUGCAAGACAUCGUACAGACUGCCCCGUGACGGGAAAGUGAGGACGCCCAAGACUCUUUAG